GGUUGCAAAACGAAAGUGUAGCUGGGAAAGACUUGCUGGGUAUUCGCCCUUCACUUUAGCAGGGAGGAAAGAUUAUAGGACUUUGGUCUUGAGUUUAUGCCCAAAGCGCAGAAGUUUUGGAGGGCUGAUAAGAUAGAUGGCAGCAUGGGCUCGGCAGAAACACUUGUUGCAGGCUACAUAUGUGAAAUUCAGCAGUAUGGCAGCUGCAGGUCAGAAGAGAGGUGCAAAGUGCUACCCUGUUAUCAGUGGAGAGAUCCCUCCUGUUUUCAGACAUGUGUAUGAAGCAAACACCAGAAACAGCCAGAUCUGUGGGCAGAGGUAUGUAGAAUUAUUAGAGCAAAUUAAACUAGGAGGAGGAGAGAAUGCAAUAAUGAGACAUACACAGAGGAAUAAAAAACUGCUUGUGCGUGAGAGACUGAGAAUGCUUCUGGAUAAUGAAUCAUUCUUAGAGCUAUCCCCAAUGGCUGGCCUUGGUCUAACUUAUGGAGAUGUUCCUUCUGCGGGGUGUCUCACUGGUGUUGGGAAAAUUUGUGGAGUGUGGUGUGUGUUUAUAGCUAAUGAUGCCACAGUUAAGGGUGGCACAGCUUAUCCAAUUUCUGUAAAGAAACAGCUGAGGGCGCAGGAAAUCGCUAUACAGAACAGACUUCCUACUGUUUAUUUGGUGGACAGUGGUGGUGCUUUUCUACCGCUCCAGGCAGAGCUGUUUCCUGACAAGCAACAUGGCGGAAGGACUUUCUAUAAUGAAGCUAUAAUGUCAGCUAUGAGAAUCCCCCAGGUGGCUGUGGUGUGUGGCUCUUGUACAGCUGGAGGUGCAUAUAUUCCAACUAUGGCAGAAGAAACUGUAAUAGUUGACAAGAUUGGAACUAUAUUUUUGGCUGGCCCACCGUUGGUUAAAGCUGCAACUGGAGAAGACGUCUCUGCUGAGAAUCUGGGAGGAGCAAAGCUACAUUCUAGUGUCAGUGGGUGUGUCGAUCAUUUUGGAUCAACAGAAGCAGAGGCCUACACUUGUGCUCGAAAUAUUAUUUCAUCCCUAAAUUUUGAUCCAGUUGCUGAGGAUUCAUCAGACUACGAGAACCCUUUAUAUGAUACAAAUGAAUUUACAGGACUAGCCCCUCGGGAUUACAGAAGCACUCUCAACAUUAAACUGAUCCUUGGCCGACUUCUGGAUGGCAGUAGGUUUCUGGAAUUUAAAGCUGAUUAUGGGACAACUUUGGUUGCAGGCUUUGCAUCUGUUGAAGGGAACUUGGUUGGUGUUGUGGCCAAUAAUGGAGAGUUAACACAUGAUGCCUCACUGAAAGGAAGCCAUUUUGUGCAGUUAUGUAACCAGCGUGGAAUUCCUCUUCUUUUUCUUCAAAAUACAGCAUCUCAAGAAUCUGUGCCAACAAAUGUUGUAAAGGCAGAAGAGCAAACCAACCGACUGAAAGCACAAGCUGCUAUGAUUGCUGCUGUUGCUUGUGCCUCUGUCCCUAAGAUUACCCUUGUUAUCGGUGGCUGUCAUGGGGGAGAAAGCUUUGCCAUGUGUGGCAGAUCAUUUGAUCCAAAUUUUUUGUUUCUUUGGCCUAACGCAAGGGUCUCUCUGGUGGAUCCUCACCGUGCCUCAGAAUACCCCCAGUGGAGGGAGCAAUACCAUGCACGUGAUGCAGAAGAAAAGACCAGACUGGAGAAGGGGUCUUGUCCUUCUGUAUUCAGGUUGAAGAAAGAGAGCACAGCGUUCUACUCAACAGCAAGACUGUGGGAUGAUGGCAUAAUAUUACCUCAAGAUUCAAGAAAUGUAAUUGGCAAGUGUCUAAGAAUCAUCAAACAGCAAAAAUAUAAGGAUUUCACUUAUCAAACCUCCCCUGUAUUCAGAAUGUAAAUUUUAUGUUUUUGAUAAGCUAUUUUUAAAUAUGUAAAUAUAUUAACAAUAAAGAUUAUUAAUAUUGUG